GACCUGUGGUGUUGAGCUGCGUACCACUAUCGCUCUGCCUGCAUUUCCUCUGAGUCCUCAGCCUAGUUUGGAUCUCAGACAAGCUCUUUACCUGUUCGUAGCCAUUAUUUUUAACACAUCGUUUGAUAUCUCAGCUGUUAUAUAAGUUAUUGAUAUGAAUUCUCGCUUAAUAUGAAACUGCUCCGUACACAUGAUAAUGGAUAACAUAGUUGUAUCCUAAAAGCCCGAUCAGCUGUAAGGGUUCAUUUAUUACGGCGGAAUUCUAGAUAAAACAUAUGACACAACGUGAUAAGUAUCCUCAAUCUGCAUUGAGUAUCCUAAGUUGAGUAGGUUAAUAGUUGGUUGCAUAAGAAUGUUAAGUUAAGUGUAGUUUAUGCCCAAAUAUUAAGUUAAAAUGUUACUAUAUUAAGUUUACCCCAUAUCGUCUAACAGCAGAUGUUAUGAACAUCUUAUUAAAUUUAGAAUUUUCCCCUUAAUUAUUCUAUCUCAAUAGUUCGUUUCAAGCGGAACUGCAUUGACCGACGGUACUUUUCUGCGUCGACAAGUCCAUUCUUGCUUUAAAUGUGUUUAUUCCGUGCCAUUUAUUCUAUUUCACUAUAUGAAUUACUGUUGCUGAAUCAUGAUAUAUCAUGUUACCACUACCUUAUUUUGCAAUAGGCAAUUAUCGCUACUAGACCACCCAAUCCUAGCUUGAUGCCUCAAAUCAUAGGAUCCACGAUGUUGGACCAGCAAACAUUCCAAAGGCCGGGCCUGAACGACCCGCUGAAGUGUAGUCCUCUUUCCAAUGAAAACAUAAUCCGGGAAAACAACAGUGACGACAACUCUAGCACAGCAGAGCAGAUUGCAACUGACAUCUACGACUCGCAGCAGUUCUGGAACUCUAGUCUUGAUGACGUGAACCAAGUGUUGCAGUCCCUGACCAUCUCAACCAACAACGAUGCGGCAAGUAAUCAGAGCUCAUCUUCUGCUUACAGCUCAUCCUACUCUUCCCCUACAUCGACCAGCUACGGACCGGGACUGGGAAAUGGUUUACAGAAUGGUUUACAGAAUGGUUUACAGAAUAACACAAUUUCCCAGCUCAACAACCUUCCCAACCAGUCCAGAUUGAACGAGUGGGUAUCAAACCCCGCAAUAAAUGCCUCCUCCUGGGCUGCUCAGAGCCUCUCCUCUCCAACAAUCAACCCUCCCUCCCUCUCUAGACCUCUCUUCAACAAUGGCCCGACUGCUCCGAUGGCUGCUUUCGGCAACCCUAACGGUUGGGGUUCCAACUUGGCUGCACAACUCGCUGUAAACAACAAUCUGCAGACCUACCUGAUGAGAAACGCGUUCAAGAACAUGCCCUCCCCUGGGCGGAGGUCCAACUCUGGAUUUGGUGGAAGAGAUUCGUCUGUCAUCCCUUCCAAGCAAAACUCAGUGCCAAGACCAAUGCAGUUCAAUGGUGGCAGCAGGAUGAACGAAACUCCAGAUCCAAAUCUCAACUUCCUCCCUCAGGCUUCGUCGGCUACUGAAACAAUGCUGUACGAGUUGCUGAAUCAAGACAGCACGGAGCAAGUCUUCCACCCCUCAAUCCAGGACUCUCCGAUCAGGAAGUUUCACUACGAUCCUCCUGGAGAGAAAUACUCUAGGAAAGUUUUUGUUGGCGGACUUCCCCCAGAUAUCGACGAAAGAGAGAUUCAUGCUAGCUUCUGCCACUUUGGAAGUCUCGACGUGGACUGGCCGCACAAAUCUCAGAGCCGAGCUCCCUUCCCUCCAAAAGGGUACGCUUUCUUGCUGUUCCACGAGGAGUACAGUGUCCAGGCACUGAUAAGCAUGUGUAAGCAGGAGGGCGGAAAGUAUUACUACUUCGUGUCAUCCCCCACUCUCAAGGAUAAGCAGGUUCAAAUAAGACCGUGGAGUCUCCAAGACGCUGACUUUGUGAUGGACGGAUCUCAGCCCCUUGAUCCGCGGAAGACGAUCUUCGUGGGUGGAGUCCCCAGACCUCUCCGAUCUGUUGAGCUGGCGGUUAUAAUGAACAAGUAUUACUCUGGUGUCUGCUAUGCUGGAAUAGAUGUCGACCCGGAAUUGAAGUAUCCUAAGGGUGCGGGAAGAGUUGCGUUCAGCAACCACACCAGUUACAUCAACGCUAUUAACAACCGCUUCAUUCAGCUGAAAAUCGGGGACAUUGACAAAAAGGUCGAGGUCAAGCCCUACGUUCUAGACGAUCAGCUGUGUGACGAGUGUAACGGCGAGCACUGCGGAGGAAAGUUCGCACCCUUCUUCUGUGGGCACAUCUCCUGUCUGCGGUACUUCUGUGAGCACUGCUGGAGCGUGGCCCACACCCAGCCAGGACGAGAGUUCCACAAACCCCUGGUCAAGGAGGGAGCCGACAGGUCCAGGUCUCUCAACUCAUUCAGAUGGUAAACUUGUGUACAAAAAGUUAAAGUUAUACGGUCCUUCUCAAAGAAGCUUUGUAGAUGAUCCUACUUCCAUCUCUCUAAAAACAAUGUCGUGGUCUGAUAGUGGUCAUUAUUCUCGUUACAUAUAGUUGCCUAGUUACUAACAUCUAGUUGUCUGGUUACCAGACAUCUGGAGAAGCCUGGUAAUCUCAAGAUCUAGUUGCUUGGUCCUUAGUUGCCUGGUUACCAGAGCAUCUAGAUGUCUGGUAACGAAUGCCUCUGGUAGUUUUUGUCUGUUAUACAAUGUGCUAUGACGCUGCGCUUUGUUAUAUAUUAUUAUACAUUCUGUAUUUUCACUUUUUUACCUGAUGAAAAAACACGUUUUGAAAGAUUAGUAUGUGAUAUGUGAAACCUGUUUUUUAUAUUUUCAUCUAACUGUGCAGUCAUUAAACCAACAUAGAAUGCAAUUUGAGAAUUAGACUUAAUAAAUAUAUUACUUGGUCAGACCUCUUUGACGGCCUUUUAACGUAAAGUUAUAUGCUUUUAACUGGCAAACAGCAACGGUUGCCCUGGUGAUGGAAUAGAUUCUGUCCCGGUAACUUUUGCGGUUUGAAGCUUUUAAAACUAUCUGUAGAUGAAGUGAUGAGCGAUAAAAUUGUAUAGAACUUUGGUGGUAUGAACUACAUCUUCAGUAUAUUGUGCGAGCUCCAAACAUUGUAAAUUUGAAUUUUAAACACCUUUUUUACUGCAGAUUUUAUUUAAUAUUAUAUACGGUUUCGUUACGUUUCGUUACCCUUUAGUUUAACGUUAUAUUUAUUAAUUUGUGAAAUUUAAACUUAACAACAUAUGUAUAAGUUAGUUUGCGAGUACUCAGGUCUCUCUUUCUCUCUCUUGAUAUCUCUACAUCUUGGAGUGAACAGCACACAAAUAUUUUGUUGUCUCUUUUAGUGGAUAAUCUGUAUUUGAUUUUAUAUUAUUUGUCAAGAGUGGUUUAUUAAUAAUAAGUACUAUAUAUUAUAAUGUUACGGUAAUCACGUUUGCUAUUGCUACAUAAUAUAUUAUAUAUGUAACUGGUGCAUUAUAGUGUUAUUUAAAUGCAGUUCCUGCCAAACUGCGCCAUUUUUGGAGUUUUUAAAUCUUUCUACGGCAAAGAAGUUAGCAUAAUAUAUACUAUUUGAAUAAAACAGCUUGAUCGCACUUUAUAUAGUUGUUGGUUACAUGUUGAUGUUGGAUCACAUUUCUUGUUAUCUGUUUCUCGGUUACAUUGUCACGUGUCAUGUCAUGUGACCAGUUAUCACGGGGUUUAGAAACUUGCCAUUGUUCUAGCUUUAUCUCAUUUCCUGGAACGUUAUCCAGAUUUGCACGGUUUUCUUGAGAAAGCCUGCACAACCUUAUCACAUUGUACGGAAUUUUCUUUCCAAGAGCAACAUAGAUUUUGAUAUUCUGUCCAUGUAAAGGUAUUACACAUUCCAUAUAUUGUGCACAAUUUUGUUGCUGGGUAUGUAAAUGUAAGCGUUAUCACACGGGAGGUUGAAAACUCUCGUUACAUCUACACCACGUGUAAGGUCAUACUACCACCUGAUUGGGCGGUGUGUGACAGGAGCUGCGCUGAUUGGCUUGCUAGGAACCUUGGGGGGCAUUGCUCUGCACCCGGCUGUGUGUGGCACACGUCGGUACACAUUUAUCUUAUUACAUGCUACUUAGACAAGCAGAUGUUUUAAAUGUAUUAUAACGGUUCAGCCAAACCCAGAUCUCCGUCUCACACACCUCUAACAGUGCACUUACCUCUAAUAAUGUACCUUGUUGCUUUCAAUGGGACAUAUUUCAGCUAUCAACAAACAGAUUUCCAACUCCCAAAUUGUCCCUUCACAUGCUAAAUUCCAAUACAUGUUCGUAAUUUCCAGUACAUGCCGACGGCCCUGUGUACACAGAAUAACUGAACACAACUACUAGUUACUGUGAGAAAAGUAUUAGCUGUGAGGCCUCUACCGUAGCUCGGCAACAGGAAACGUGAUCCUUCUGUUCCUGUUAUCACUCUCAAAUCACGUGCUCCGAAUCCUGUCCUCUGAUUGGCUAAACACAUUGCUUGCUUUAGUUUCAUUGGUCACCAACCCGCUCUCUCUCACCUGAGCUACCUGUAUAUAGUUGUUGCCAAACAAUGUUAAAUUGUACACGAACUUGGUGAGUACGAGAGAGUGUGUGUGAUUAUACCUUGUAGCGGUAUAACAGCUCUGUGUUAGCGGUCCUCCUGCGUCGUCAUGAUGGCCUCCCUAACAAAGAGGGCUACAAACUCCCGAUCAUAGUGAAUAGUACCGCACACUUGCUAUUAUAACGUGAUAGCCCAUUUACCAUCCAGCAACUAUUUUGUGGACAAAUAUGGAAUAAUAGGAAUUUUGAGAAUUAACUUCUAGCAUUUAAUAGAUCGCUAUUUUUGAAGUCGGUGAAGACUAAAUUUUUUACCCAAAAAAGCAGUCUUAAUAAGUAUUAUAAUAUAUUCUUUGUCUUUAUAAGUGUAUCAAUAUUAUCAUAUUAUAAGCUAGCUUAACAUCUAUACAAUAUAUAAUAUAUUCUUAUCAUUAUUUUAUAGUAUUUUUACGCUACUUCAACCGAUAUUUAAAUUAUGAUUUUUGAUAAAAUUGAUCAAUGGUUUCUUUUUCAAAUAUAUCGAAUUUCAUAGUUUCCAAUUUUAUUCCUUAUUUCAGUUAUGAUUUAGACUCUUUUGUAGAAUUGCAUGAUUUAAAAUUAAUGGGUUUAAGAACUUUCCUGAUUUUGUACGAUUAUAUAUAUAUAAUAUACAUAAUCUACAUUAUAUAUAUUUACUAGCUAUCGAUAUUAUUUUCAAAGCAUUUCGGCCCAACAGCUCAGUACACUUCACUAGGAACCUUUUCUUUACCAACAUUAUUUGAUAUAUUAUUGAAAACAUCCAUAAUGACGUAAUAUUAUAAUUCAAGGUAGGGGUUUAGAAUACAUUUGACCUUUUUCUAACAAUUCAUAAUGAUAAUAAUAUAACAUAUUGUAAGAUAUAGUUCUACGUUAACUGUGUGGAGUACAUUUAAAAGCAUCUCAAUUCCUUUAUCCUUUAGUGUUUUUUAUUUGCAAUGUAGAUAUGAAUCGUUAUGUUAUGGUGUGGCUAAUACUGUAGUAUGGUGCUAUAUAUUGUGCUAUAUAUUUGAUUAAAUAUGGGCCCUAGUAUAUAUAUAUGUAAAGAGACUCCGGAUGUGGCACAUGUUGAUUAUGUUCGUGUCCUUCUUUUUCCCUCUAGCCCCAUAUUUUGUACUACAGAUUAUGAUGAUGAAGGUUUGAAUGCCCGAGCAAAGGUUCCAGUGCAUAUAGUGUUUGAGGUAUUUUUCCAACUUUUAUAUUCGCUAACUGUUUGUGCGAUGGAACUUUACAAAUUCAAGCUGUGUAUCUAUUAUAUAUUUUUAUUAUGAGGAAUUUACAGGCUUCAUUUUUACAUCAUAUUUUGUGAUAUGCCAAUGGGUAGUAAGAACAGUGAGGUGCCUUUGUGACGUGCAGACGCGACGCAUUGUCGCGAGUGUCUCACGUAGCUUCACGUGGUACAGCUUGACUCGGUUUUGUAAAAUAUCUCUAGCAAAUCAGUUUGUUUUAAAGAAAUUCUAAUGAUUUAUACGACCCUUUUACACCAAAUGUUUUCUAUUGUAAUUCGAUACUAACUUUAAGUGUAGAAAUUUCAAAAUAUAAUGUAUGCUAAAAUAAAUGCUUUACGGUUUUGCGUGUACAGUAUAAAGUUACCAACCCCCGUUUAGGCCUAUAUUUACAGACCUAUUUACCAUUAUGCUGUACUAGCUAUAACCGAAUUCCUUAUCUUGGCUGUGGAACGAAUACGUGGAUAUUUUAUAUACAAGAUUUUAUGUGGGCAAAUUUGGAAAUAUAAUGCAUGAAUUUUUGCGACUCGUGCUAUACGUUCAGUGUCUUGACCCCUCCUGACCGGCCAAACAGCCCAGGGCCUGUAUUUGAGAUCCACAAUGUGUGUCGAUCAAACUAUCUUAAAAGUGAAGACUGAUGUAUCAGUAAUGUUGAAUUGAAACAUCUUAUAAAGCAAAGCUGUUCCAAGCUCAUCAUCUUUCUGACGUCACUUUAAAGCUUUACUACUCUAACAUAGUAACGUGUAGCUCUAGUUUCGCGAAUCGUGGGAUGUAGUACUAUAGCUUACAGUACGCGCCUACUUAUAGUGCAUAUGUACCAAUGAUGUAUAUUAGAAAUAUUUGUUAUUUGUUACUUUCAUAUUUAUUUAGAAAUUGAAAACAGAGCAACCACUUUUUCUUGCAAAUCCACUGCAUUUAGAACAUGCCUUUAAUAACAGCUCCGAGUCAAAUAAAAUGCUCGAAUGUAUGUGACGCAAGAAACGCGUCGCCUUUUAAGCGAUUUCCAACCGUUUGGAUGCAGUGGAUUUCGAGUAUAAUUUCUUAAUGGUCGGUGAUUGCUGUAGUUAGUACCCAUGCUAUUAAAGUUUGCUUUGCAA